AUGGCGCCCUCAAUGCACACGAACUACCCAGUCCCACACGUCAACCAAGCGCCGGUCGACGCACAGCCACGCAAGCUCAGAGCCUUUCUCCACCUCGCUUCGGCGGGGGUGAUGAUCUCUGGCUUCCAAGCGUUGCAGGAUGUAGCUGCUGGGAAGGUGAUGGCGCCUCAGUAUGGAGGCUUCCUGCAGUACCUUACCAUCAUCGGCUUGCUUGUCACUGUCAUCUUCAUGAUCAUGUCCGCGUCGCAAGACAUGCUGCCCUCCGUCAAUGUCUUUCAGCCCAUCAGGCGUAUCCUUCUUCUCUUUGCCCUCCCAAUCGAAGUGGUCAUCUCCACGAUCUACUGGGGUAUCGUGCUGACCAAGCCUGACCUGAUGUUCCCUCCCAUGCCUGCGUCAGCAAAGGGCGGCGCAGAGCCGAGCUCUUCCGGCGAUGCGAGCCUCUUGUUCCGGAUACCGCUCUGGAUGGAUAUCAGCAUGCACCUCUUGCCCGCCGUCGCGCUCGUUAUCCACUUCUUCACCCUCGAAAAGCGCUACAACCCACCCGCAUCGACUCUCGGCGCACCCCUCCUCGCCGCCUCCUUUGGCGCUUUCUACGCCUUCUGGGUCGAGCACUGCGCGAAGAUCAACGGUCGCUUCCCUUACCCCUUCUUGAACCUCAUGGGCGGGGAGGAACGGGCGGUAUUUUACAUCUUCAGCGUGAUGCUCGCGCUCGGGGCAUUCUUCAUCCUCAACUUUAUUCACAGAUGA